AUGGGAGAGUAUGGUUACACUUAUCAGGGUUACUCCACCUUCAAUACUGUGAGAGGUGAAACCCGAAGGCCUGUUAUAAAGCCAUUUGUUCCAUCCAUUCCCAACACCAACAAUAACUCUGAGGGAAAUGUUACCAAAAAAAUAAUAGUCCCAGUUGGUAGCAGCAGGCCUUAUGGUGAUGAUGAUUACAACAAACAUAGCCCUCAAACAGAGGCUUAUCCCAUUAGGAAUGAUAACUAUGCUGGUUAUUAUAAUGGUACUAAUGGCUAUGGUGACUAUGGUAGCAACAAAGAAGGGCGCAACCCCAUUGGAGGUACCAUUAGGAAUGACAACCAUGAUGGUUAUUAUAAUGGUACUAAUGAUGGCUAUGGUGACUAUGGUAACUAUGGCAACAAAGAAGGGCGCAAGCCUAUUGGAAGUACCAUUAGGAAUGACAACUAUGGUGGUUAUAAUGGUCCUAAUGGCUAUGGUGAGUACAACAACAAAGAAGGACGCAAGCCGUUUGGAAGUACCCUUAGGAAUGAAAACUAUGGUGACAAUGACUAUGGUGACUACAACUACAAAGAAGUGCAAAGGCCAAAAUAUAGUUCAGGUUGGACAGCAGCACCAAGAAAAGGGACCCAACUAAGUGAGCCAACACAUGAUAUUGGGAAGACCAUUGAAUUGUUGAAGAAAGCGGCAAAGGAGACCUCUAAUAAUAAUAAUAAUGAGCAUAGCAACAAGGGAGGGCACAAAGCUACAGGUAAUGUUUCUUGGCUUGGUGAGUCAACAAACAAAGUUGAAAAGGGCAUGGAGCUUGUGAAGGAAGCUGAAAGGCUCAAAAACAUUGUAACUGGUCCUCCUCUUCGUUAUGCUGAUUACAGGGAUGCUUCGAUCAUAGACCCUAGGAACGCUGAAAAGAUUUUUAAAGGCAAGAAGGUUUGA